GUGUGUGUGUGUGUGUGUAGGCCUUUCCGUCCGUCUCUCUCCUCCUUCUCGAGGGUCAGCUCUUCUCUGCGGCCAGUCCAGGAGCUUUCAUUGCUAGGCGACCAACUUUUGGCUGAUGUCACGCUGGUUGGUGGUAACGACAGUGGAAUCUUUGUGUCGUCUGUCCAAUCAGAGUCCGGCGCUGAGAAGGCGGGGCUACGGGAGGGCCACCACCUCCUUUUGCUGGAGGGCUGUAUCCGCGGGGAGAACCAGAGCAUCUCGUUGGACACCUGCACCCAGGAGGAAGCCCAUUGGACGAUGCAACGUUGCUCUGGACCAAUCCAACUGCACUACCGUGCCAACUAUGAUGGGUACCGGAGGCUGCAGAGGGAUCUAUCGGAGGGAACGGUGACGUCAGGAGACUCAUUCUACAUCAGAAUCAACCUCAACAUCUCUGGCCAAUCAGACACCUGCUCCCUGAGCGUGCUUUGUGAUGAGGUGGUCCAUGUCCUGGACACGAUGCACCAGGGGAAGUGGGAGUGGCUUUGCUCCCGGGUCGAAGCCUACUCUGGAACCGACCUAUCGGAAAAAGGCACCAUCCCCUCUUACUCACGGGCCCAGCAGCUUCUCCUGGUAAAGAUGCAGAAGCUGGUGUGUCGAGGAGGAAGAGAGGAGAAUGACAGCCUGCGCAACUUCAAGAACAGCUUACAGCCUGAAGAGUCCAGCCUGUCCUCAGACCCCAAAUCCAGCCCUCGCAUGUCCAGAGCUAGCGUCUUCAUCACACAGAUACUACAGUUUGUCAGCAGGGUGGAUAAUAAGUAUAAGCGUAUGAACAGCAGUGAGCGUGUUCGCAUUGUGAGCUCAGGAAACCCAACGCUGCCCAGACCAGGCUUCGAAACCCUGAGACAGGAUGGUAAGCCUUGCACCCUACACCCUACACACUAUACAAUACAGGAAACCCAAUGCUGCCCAGACCAGGCUUCGAAAACCUGAGACAGGAUGGUAAGCCCUGCACCCUACACCCUAAACACUACAGGAAACCCAAUGCUGCCCAGAACAGGCUUCAAACCCCUGAGACAGGAUGGUAAGCCCUGCACCCUGCACCCU